GUUUCCUUUCCGUUAGCAAAGCUGUAGAUUGCAAGAAGUUCGUCGCGAGGAUACAUUUGAGCACAUCAGAACAAAGGGAUUACACACAUAUAAAGCACGCUUUCCAUUGCCAUCGAAGCGUUACACCCCUUUUCUUGCACCAGGGCCCCAACAGAGCCCUCUACUUGGUGGGCUCCCAGGGAGCUCUUUACUGAUCGGACAGCAAGCUGCAUGGUUGCGGCUAGCUCAGCUGAAAGCCCACCUUGCGUUGACACAGAUAAAUAAUGCUGUUGCUGUUGGUGGCCGAACCAACACACCUGUCCCAUUUAUACCCACAACACCCCCUUGCCCGACUGCUGCAGCCAUUAGUCUACUAAACCUUCUGAAGGUUGCUAACACUAUGUCCCAUCCCUUAUAUAACCCCUAUGCCUCUGGGAAUCAAAGUUCAGCCCAGGGGCGCUAUGGACAGUCCAGUAUGCAGGCAGAGGGAGACUCUCAUAAGACGACAUCUCAUCUUGGGCCUGGGUCCAGCUUUAGCUCUUCUGGAGUUUCAUCUGCGACUCCUGCAAACAUGCAUAUAAGCAGAGCCAGAGAGGAGGUGAGGAAUCAGCCUGUAAACAAGAGCAGUCAUCUUACCAGCACUCAAAGAGAUGAGUAUCAUUCUUCAAGCAAAGAUGUGACUUCCUACGUGUUGUCCUCAACCUCUCAAAAACCCCCUGUUGCAAGUAGCACUAGCUCCAUGGACUGGUUGCCAAGCUACAAACGGGAAACUGAGGAUGAUUCGGCUAAAUACUGUUCAUCAUCUGCUUCAUUGAGCUAUCAAAGCACUGGUGACGGUAGGUUUAAUGCCUCGAAUGAAAGAGAGCGCAAUGUGCAAUCCAUUCCAGGCUUAGGUGAUUAUGACUAUCCAGUGCCAGACAAACCUGUGGGCUCUGCAGAUUCUACUCGUCCCAAGUACACUUCAGAAACAGCUGUGAACAUCCUUAAGGACUUUGGACUUGAAAAAGAGGACCUGGAACAUCUGAUCUCAUACCCCGAGGAUCAGAUCACUCCUGACAACCUGCCUUUUAUGUUACGACAAAUCCGCAUGGAAAAGGCAAAGAGAUCUGCAACGGCAGGUCCGUCAAAAUCCUACUUUGAUCCUCAUUCCACCACAAGUAUGAGUGGAAGGGAAAGGUUGAGUACUUCAAGAGGCGAAGGGAUGUGUCAGGAUGAAUCGUCACCUAUUGUCCAACUGAGUAAAGUGAUUGAUUAUGGACAUACUGGCAAAUAUACUGGAAGCUUUGGGGAUGAGAUUGGAAGGAGCAGCAGUAGAGCCAGUAGUGGUGGAAGUACGCUGCUGAUGGGCUCUUAUGAUAGCAGUGGUCUCAGUCGAGAACCACUACAAAAAAGUAUGACAGAGGUGAAAAACAGCACCUUGGUUUCUUCCUGUGAUCAAGGCAGCUCUUUUACCAGUCAUGGCUCAAUGCAAAGCAGUGGUCCAGCUCAACAACUGCACACCCAACCAAACCAGUCAUCUCAAGAAAUCUUCAAAGGUUUCUCUCUGCCAAAGACAGACACAGACAUAAGACCUCCUAAAGCAGAAGUCACUAAAGCCCUUUCUUUGAAAGAGCAAGAUCGCCAGUCAGCAUCAAAAAGCCAACUAACUCCCAAUAUAGUUCGUAGUGUGCAUCCCAGCCGACCUGGCCUUGUACUCAUUGGCAGCAGCAGCAAGGACAUUCACAUCAAAGAAAAGAGUAAGACUCACGGGCAAGUACCAAAUGUUUCUGAGCAGAUGAACAAACAGCAAAUGCAGCAGAAGCAGGUACAACAGCAACAGGUGAAACAGACAAUGCAACAACCACCACCAAAGCAGCAGAUGCAGCAGAUGCAGCAACAGUUGAAGCAACAGCAGACGCAGCAGUCAAAGCAGCAGCAGAUGCAACAGAUGCAACAGCAACAACUGAAGCAGCAGCAGACGCAACAGCAACAACUGAAGCAGCAGCAGACGCAACAGCAACAACUGAAGCAGCAGCAGACGCAACAGCAACAACUGAAGCAGCAGCAGACGCAACAGCAACAACUGAAGCAGCAGCAGACGCAACAGCAACAACUGAAGCAGCAGCAGACGCAACAGCAACAACUGAAGCAGCAGCAGACGCAACAGCAACAACUGACGCAGCAGCAGAUGCAACAGCAACAACUGAAGCAGCAGCAGACGCAACAGUCAAAGCAGCAGCAACUGAAGCAGCAGCAGCAACUGACGCAGCAGCAGACGCAACAGUCAAAGCAGCAGCAACAACUGACGCAGCAGCAGCAACUGAAGCAGCAGCAGACACAACAGCAGCAGCAGCAGACGCAACAGCAGCAGCAGCAGCAGACGCAACAGCAGCAGCAGCAGCAGACGCAACAGCAGCAGCAGCAGCAGACGCAACAACAGCAGCAGCAGCAGCAGACGCAACAACAACUACUGAAGCAGCAGCAGCAGAUACAACAGCAGCAACUGAAGCAGCAGCAGACGGCCCAGGUACCUCACCUGCCGAUCGGGUUGCAGCAGAUGCAGACUCAGCCAGCUGUGCAUAUGGGACAAGCUUUGCAGUCUCAAGUUUUUUCGGGUGCAAAGCCAGUUCCACAGCCGUCCCACAUGCCAGGGCUCAUGAUGCCUGUUGCUCUGGGUUACUCUCCGCUAAUGCAGAACCUCAUGAAUUUCAUUCAUAUACCGCAGCCUGCUUCCACCAAGCAGCUUCCAGCAAAGGUAGAAGUGACAACGAACAUCCCAGUGUUGGCCCAGAUGCAAGACUACACUGACGCUUCACCUAGGGUCUUUCCUCAUACCUGCUCUUUAUGUAACAAGGAAUGUAAUCAGACGAAGGAUUGGGUGUCCCACCAGAAAACCAGCCUUCACAUCGAGAACUGCAAACUUCUGCAAAAGCGAUACCCAGAGUGGAACGGUGAAAUAGCAUCACUGCUAGGUGCAUCAGGUGCCAAGCCCUCUCCCUCAACUUCUGAUGAGACUUCCCAGAAGAAAACCAGACAUGAGAGUCGUUCCCGUUCCUGCAGCCCCCGGAGCCAUCGUGACUCAGAGCGUAGCAGGGACAGGCGAAGUAGCCAUUCCCGCUCUCGCAGCCCCCGCACUCGUCGUGACUCGGAGCGAAGAAGAAAUAGACCAAGUAGCCGUUCCCGCUCCCGCAGCCCCCGCAGCCCCCGCAGCCCCCGCACUCAUCGUGACUCAAAGCGAAGAAGAAAUAGACCAAGUAGCCGUUCCCGCUCCCGCAGCCCCCGCACUCAUCGUGACUCAAAGCGAAGAAGAAAUAGACCAAGUAGCCGCUCCCGCUCUCGCAGCCCCCGCACUCAACGUGACUCGGAGCGAAGAAGAAAUAGACGAAGCAGCCGUUCCCGCUCUGGCAGCCCACAUCGCCGCCGUGACUUGGAGCGUAGGAGGGACAGACGAAGUAGUCAUUCCCGUUCUCGAUCACGCAGCCCCCGAAGGGAGAGACACAGAAGCCGAUCACGAUCUCCCUACAGCUCCAGACGUAAACGCAGGUCCCGGUCUCAUUCUGACUCCUCAUGGUAUGACCGUCCUUCCUCUUCCCGAUAUCGAUCACGGUCAAGGAGCCGUGAGAGACGAUCCUCGCCGAGAAGAAGAGAUGAGAAACGUUCACCACCGAGGAGAAGCUGGGAGAAGAUCGCAAAGAAACUGCUGGAAACAUCAGCUCUCCAGUCCUUAUCAAAACAGUCUGACAAGGAGACUGUCGUCAAAACCGUGCUGGCUGAGCUAGCCAAGAGGAAGUCGUCCCCAUCAACAUCAUCAUCGUCCUCACGUUCUGCAUCUCCAGAAACAACUAAAGGGAGGCCUAGCACAGAGAAGACAAAGGCUGCUAAAUCUUCCCCUCCGACCAUGGUGAAGCUACAAGGGAUUGUCAGUAGUCUCUCUCACAGUGAAGUGAUGUCUGCUGUGGAGAAAUUUGGAAAAACCAAGUCAGUUGAUUUGUUUAGGUCAAAAUUACAGGCAGUUGUGUGUUUCGAGAAACAGGAAGAUGCUGAGAAACUGAAGAGCUUAAAGAACUUUGACAUAAAAGAAGUAACCGUCAGUGUUGUUAAUGAAAAGGAAAUUGCAGCCAAGGAAACCACAAAAAGCAAACUGGAAACUACAGGAAAAGUGUCGGUUUCCAAAGCGAAAAACAUCUCAGCUGAGCAGAAAGCUAAAACUGUAAAAACUGGCGAUAAGGCUGAAGAAGCAGCUUCAAGCCUCGAAAAAUCUAAGAGUAAAUCUACAAAGAGUCCCGAAAAGCAGCCUAACACCAGUGAUUUGAAACGGAAACCUAAACCCAAAGGGUCUCAAACCGGUGCUAAAGAAGCUGUGAUGGCACCUAAAAAUACAGCCAAUGCUAUGAAGGCUGUUGAACCCAUUAAAGGUGCUGCAGUUGACGGUGAGCCAAAAGUCUUGACUUCCAAAGCAGAAAUGGCCUCAACCACGCAGAAAUCUAAAACAGCAGGAACCGUGAAAAAAGAAAAAGUGGAUCCAUCUAAAUCAACAACGUCAGAGAAUAAGCCUGAUGUAGAGACAAAACACAAGAAACCUGAAACAGAGAUUCAUGAAUCUGCGAUGAGCUCUAAAGGUGAAGCACGAAAAGCAUCAGCUUCUGGAAGGGAGGACCACACAGAGCCUAUGGAAGUUGAAGCUUCUGCUGAACGCAAAGAUAAUCAGGUGUUACCAGCUAUAUCUAGUGAGAAUCAACUACCAACUAAUGCAGCUGAGACCAAGCCAAAUAUAUCACCACCAAAACCUACUGAUCCACCUCAGAAACCACAAACUGCCAUCAAAAGUCCAGAAGAUUCACUCAAAGCUUCAGAACAGACCGAGCAGAGUUCAGAUUCUGCUGUACAAGAAGAAACACAACAGCAGACUGCAGGAAAAUCACCUGAGAUUUCUGUGGAGGCAAAGCAGACAGUUGAAAGUGUAGAAACGGUUACAAAGGACAAAGUCUCUGUGACUGCAAAGAAGAUCUCAAAGUAUCCGGACGCUCCUACCCACCCAACAUUUGGGGAGCGGAUAGAAAAGCAACUGUGUCCAGAAAAAAUCCGUUGUCUCAAGACAGUCAGACUUCCCAAUUCAAAGCUUGUUUCUCUUAAUUACAAGAUGCUGUUAAUAAGCAACCUGCCUAAGUAUCGUGAUGGCUGUUAUGCAGAGGAGGACAUCGCCAGUCUGCUCACUCCACACAGAUUUGAAUAUUAUCACGACACGAUCUACGUUAUACCACAGGCACGCAUGGCUUUUGCCCUCAUGCCAACAGUAGAGGCAGCCAAAAACAUCAUGCUAGUAUCAGAAAGACUUAAAUUUAUUCUCAAUGGGUCCAAACUUCGACUGCAGGUUGUGAAGAGCAGGAAUAUCAAGACCCCGCUUGAUUUUUAUAAGUAUCUGAUGAAUCGGCUGUGUUAUGUUAUGAAGGAAGAGACAGAUAUUGGAGCACGGACAAUCUACAUCAGGAACAUCUCACCAGGCGAGUCCCGGGAUCUCCGAGAAGCUUUGGGAAAAAUCGGUAUUGUAAGAAACUACCUGCCUCUUCUCAACAAGGUGUUAAUUGAAUUUGACUCUCCGUGUGAUGCUGAUCGCCUCGGUGUUUGGUACAGCCUUCUAAAACGGGCCACCGGCCACAAAUUGUCAAGGGUGGAAAUACCACACAGUGGAUUUACGUCACUGCCACCAAGAUUGCCACACAAAGCUUUGCCAGACAGCGAGGUUGCUGUUGACGGGGCAGCUGUCCCAACAGAAGAUAUUACCAUCCCACAAUGCAGCACUUCACCAUAUUGGAUCACAAUGACAACUAGUCCCUUUGUGUUCCCCACUGUCUCUCCUUGGUUCACAAUCCCAGAGUAUUUAACUGUCAGGGAACCUGAUGACAUUGAGAAGGCCCAAUCUCAAGGUCCUACGUUCUCCACGAUCAUGUUGACCGGUUUGCCAGAAGGAAACUACAGACAGGAGGAUGUCGCUAAGCUGGUGUGGCGUUACUUCCCUGAUCAGACUCUUCAGACUCUGUACUACAACAUAAUCGUUUUAUCACUGCAGAGGAGGGCCUUUGUGUUUUUUAACAGCUGGGAUGCGUGCUGCGAUUUCGCCAGAGAUUACCUCAAAGAUCAAGUUACAGUUGGAGAGUGGAGACUCGGAAUCCACAUUGUUUUACAAGACAUGCUUCCUGGUUCAAGUGAGGAGAGCAUGUACAGAAGCAUGAUGAAAUGGAGCAGCACUCAUGUUCCAGAGUCUGAGUCUCUGGAGGACCGGCUGCUGAUUGUGGAGGUCUCCCAGGUGAAUGUGGACCUUUUCGUGAAGAUCGUGAAAGUGGUGGCUUCCAUUACUGCUUUUGUCAGAUUUUUGCCGCUUGGCAACAGGAUAUGCAUUGAGAUGGCUGAACCUGAUGGAUUAACACAGGUGAUGGAGAGCAAUGUCGCCAAGGACUAUUUUUCUUCUUGGAGUAAAGUCGGACGUAUUGAGUCUUUGAAGAGCCUGAAACAGCGUCUGCAAGACUCAGGUGAGAACACAGUUGACCUCAAACUGGAAAGCGGGAAGGCUGCAGAAUCGACCGUUGCCCCUCAGCCAAGUGAGGAAGGCGAGAAAGCAGCAGUGAAGGAAGACGGGCCAACACAAGCUUCGGUCACUGCUCCUGAUGCAAACGCCGCCCCCACCGCUUCUAGCGAUGCUCCAACAGGCCCAGUCAAGUCUGAGGCAAAAGACUCAAAACUUCCUCGCAUGAACGAGGACAUUUUCAUGGCGCUUCGUGAGCAUAGGCAGGGUCUAGGAAGCAGGGCACAGAGCAAGGAAAGAGAGAGCAAAAGCAGCAGCCCUAGUAGGGCACAGGAUGAAGACGCACCAAAUGAAAAGGUUCAAGUUGAUAAUUUAGAGAAGAAAGUUUCUUCAGAGAGCCGCCCUUUUGGUGAGCCGGAUUUAAAUGUGGAGGACUUUGUCACUGUUGAUGAAAUUAACGAUGACGCGGCAAUCGCAGACCCUAAUGAUGAAAGCACCUCUUCAACCAAGUCCACAAAGAAUAAAGAAAGUCAAAGCUUAGCUGCAUCUCCUGCUUCCAAACGAACCUCAGCGAGGUCCUCCAAAGACUCCAGCAGCUCAGUCUCUUCCUCAUCCAAGCCCACGAAAUUUUCUGAGAAAAACAGUUCAACCUCCUCACUACAAAAAAGUAAAGACCCAUCUGAAUCCACCAAACCCGAAUCCUCUGCGAGUGUCAGUAAGCCCGUCUCCUUUUCUGGUGAGAAAACACAGCCAAGCAAAUCUCCAGACAAAUCGUCACAUCCUUUCUCCUCGGGUUAUAGGACCCGUUCAUCAAAGAUGGCUUCAAUCGCUGCUGCAGAGCUAACGGAGGAAAGUACAGCAACAAAGGCUGACCUCAAAGUGUCAGCAAAGGAAAAUCAAACUAAAAUGGAAACAUCAUCAGGGACACAGCCACCUGCAGAGGGAGAGGGAUUAGGGAUGAAGAGCCAAACACAGACUCUGGACAUUGAAUGUAAGGAUGACGCACACAAAGAGUCAAAGAAAAGCAUGAACCAAACUCCAAGGUCCAGUGCAGAUGGAAAAGAAAUGAAUGAGGAGAUGCUCUCAGAAAAAUCAAACAAAGCUUUUAAAUCAUUUUGUCAAACUCCAAAUGAUGAAGAACAAGAAAACAAAGGGAGUUCAGCAGAUGUUGCUGAGAAGUUAGAUUCAGUCAAUGAUCACACUGGAGGAGAAGAUGACGGAAAGAAACGUAAUACUCAGAGCCAGCAGGUAUCUAAAGCAGUCACUGAGGGAACUGAAGAAGAGGAAGAAGCUUACCGGGUAAUUGAUUCUGUGGAAGAAGAGCCAGCGACCACAGAGACUGAGGCAGAGGCUGAGAACAAGGAGGAAAAAACGAAGAAAGAUGUUGAAGCGGCUAAACGAGCUGAAAGACCAACAAGGAGGGGUGGACCGAGAACCAGAACAUCUAAAAGAGAGGAGAAAGAGACACAGGAGGAGAUGAUCUUUGAGGUAGUGGAUUCUGUUGAAGAUGAAUCUGUUGAAGAUGUCUCCACCACAGAGAGGCCUGGUAGAAGGAGGUCGGCCAGAGGAAACAAAGAAGAUAAAAAGACACCCACUUCCACAGUUGCAUGUAUAAAACCCGUCAGGGAAGAGGAAUCUACGUCCGAGAUCCUAGACUCAGUGGAGGGUAAGACUGCCAUGAACAAACCGACCAUCACAACAAGAUCAACCAGAGGAAGAAGGGAACCUAAAGAAGACGUCUCAAAAAAAGAAAAGACACCAACGAGAAGGAGGCCGACACCUGCCAGAGAUUCUCAGGAACCAAACAAGGAGGAACCUCUGCAGACUGAAGAGACAGGCCCCACGAAAGAGAGCACACCAACAAAGAAGAGUGAGGAGAAUGCUACCUUUACAGUAGUAGACCCAGUGCAGGAUGAAGUUAUAGGGGAUGAACGGGCCAAAACUCCGGAAAAAAGAAGAAGGGGAAGACCAAAGAAGGACAGUAAAGUAACUAAAAAACAAGCUGCCAUGAAGAAUGCUGCAUCUAGUAAAGUGGCUGAUGAAGAGGAGGCCAUUUAUCAGAUUGUUGACUCGGUUGAGGAUGACAAUGAGCCCCCCAAAGACCAAAGUACAGAAGAGCCAACAGUGCCUAAAGACGAUAAAGACUCAGCAUUGCCAAAAAAUGCAGAUGAGGCGGAGGAAGAGCCGUUGUAUCAGAUUGUAGAUUCUCUAGAAGACGAUCAAGUCCGAGAAGACCCAACAAAUGCACAAUCAUCAGACAGAGAGACAAAGCAGCGAGAGGCACUCGGUAAAAAAGCAGACGCUCUCACAUGCGGCGCUAUGGCUGCGGAGGUGGCCGAUAAAGAGGAGUGUUUGGAUCACACUGCUGAGGUUAGUGCUGAAGAAGGGUCUGGUACAGAAACGAAGGAAGAGAAACCAAAAACAGAUACUAAAGAGGCCACUGGGUCUCAAAGUGACGCUGCUGCUGCACCAGAAGAAAAGACAAAUCUGGAGGAAGACACCCAGGAGCUGGUCACUCUGGAUGAGGUGGGAGCAGAUGAUGAUGGGGAGGAAAGAGCAGUGGAGGGUCAGCACUGGAGCAGGGAGAUCACGGAGGGAGAACCUGCAGAGCUCGUCACUCUGGAUGGGAUUGUUGAAGAAGAUGAGGAGGAGGGGGAAAAGGCAGAGGAAAACACAGUGGAGCCACGCCCACCAAUACAGGAGAGCCAAUUAGUGGAGGCCUCAAACAUAGAGACUUUGGCGACAGCAGCUGAGGUAGAAGAGGAAGCAGAGAAGACAUCAGGAUCUGCUAAACGCAAAUAUGAUAAAACAGAGGAGAGCGUGAACUUUGUGACAGUGGACGAGACUGAGGAGAAGGAGGCGGUAAUUACCAGAACAAGAGGUCGACCCAGGAAGAGAACCAGGCAGACCCCCGUGAGAAAAUCUGCUAGAGGGAAACCAGAGAUGACAAAAGAUGAGACAGAAGAGGAGGAAACAACAGAACCACUGCCUCCAGCUUCUGUUAAUCCCACUUCAUCACAGGACCGAGACUCAUCUGUGCCGCCAGGUGACGGCCAGGCGGAGACCCAGAGGACCGAGGAGGAAGCAGAGACCCAGCCUGAUGCUGCACCUGCCCCUGCUGGACAGCAGCCGGAGCCCAAGUGUCCUGAUAAAGAGACAGAGGGAGAGGAGAAGGAUGGAUGGAGCACGGUUGGCAUUAAAGUUGUGGGUAAACGCAGGAGGGAGCUUGUCGGACCUGAGGCAAAGCGAUCUCGCUCUCAGUCUCCAUGUGUUGUAUCAGACUUCAGACUGCCUCAGUUGAACCCCAAUAGCCCCCUCGGUCAGGAGUUUGUGAUCCCAAAAUCAGGAUUUUUCUGUAACAUCUGCUCUGUUUUCUACCUGAAUGAGAAGACCGCCAAGGAACUCCACUGCUGCAGCAAGAAACACUACGACAACCUGCAGAAAUAUUAUGAGAAACGUCGACAAAGCGCUUCAAAAACGUCAUCUCAGACGUCUCCGGGCUCCGUUUCUGAUUGAUGGACCUGAUCUACUGAUUAUUUUAACACAUCACUGUGGAGAACAAGCCAUGGUCAUUCAUCCUACUAGUUCAGAAACUAAACUAAUUGCCAUGUGACACAUUUUGUUGUAAAUGAUAUGUCUUCAUUCAUGAAUUGUCUCGCAGCCUUUCAGUUAAUGCUUCUGUUUUUGUUUGUACAAGCUGGUGAAGAGCACCAUUUUAAAAUUGUGUUAUUAUUUUAUCUUUUAUGUGAAAAUAUUAUUGAAAAAUGUAUUAAUUUACUUGACAGGUCAUCAGGAGGUACCUGACAGGUGUUGAUAGUUUUUUUUAUUUUUAUUUUUGCUCAUUUAGAUCUUUGGCUUCAGUUUCUUUAGAAGAAAAGGGUCCAUCAACCUGAGUGUGUCUCACAUUUUCCAGAUUCACUGGCUCAAGUUUGAAGCUGAACAAACCACCUAAUUCAGUCAGAAGGUGUGAGGUUCAAAAUGAGAAAGCUGAACUCUUGAUAAGAAAGGUUUAAGAGAAUUUAAGAGUAGUGUCUCUGUCGUUGUUUUCACUCUUUAACCCAGCAUUUUAACAUUGAGACAGUAAUAUUAUACAUACCACAUUUCAUUACAUGGCAAAUCAGUGUGCUUAACAGAGAAGAACACAAAAUCUUGGUUUACGAUGCCUAAUGGAAAACGGCAAAAUAUAAUUUCAAAAAAACAAUGUCACCUUACUGCCACCAGAGGUCAGUAAAUAAAGCCCAGAGUUUGUUUGAGGUUGGUUGAAGGCACUGAGGUGUAAAUACACUGCGUGCGCAGGUGGAGCAGUGCCUUGUGAGAACAGCACGUCUGCUUAACCUCCUCUCAUAGUAGGUGUGGGGCUGGAGAUGUGGGAAAGCACUCAGCAAUGAGCCUGAGAGGAAGCACUCCACAACUGGACACAAAGACCCCAAAACACAAACAGGACAAGUAGACCAUCAGUGGUACAUUUAUUUUAAAUAAAUCAGUCCCCUCAUCAGAGUAUGUGAUUCUUUCUCACGCACCUUUGUUUUGUGUCACCCUUUUCUUUCAUCUUUGCUAACACAGAAUUCCUGACUAUCUUUCUGGUGUGCUAUAAUUUUAUUUUUUUUUAUAUAAGAUAAGAUAACUGUUAUUCCACAUGUGGGAAAUUUGUUUUGUUACAGCAGCGAAAAUUAAGAAAAAAUACUGGAAUAUAUGAUAAUAAGAAUAAGAUACUGUACACAAUAAAACAGAAUAAAAUACAGUUUAGU